GAGAGAGAGAGAAGGAGGAAAAGACAGCAGCACCGACGUACACAGGCUUGCAGGUAGCCAGAACUGAGGAAUGUAGACCUGUGGAAACUGGAGAGAUAACACGGCGGGGAUUGAAGAGGGAAAUCCAGGGGAACUCAACAUUGGAGUUUCGGGGAAAAGAUGGUUCGUUCAAGUUAAUUGUAAAACAUGCCAGACAAACCAGAGGAAGAUCAGAAGAAAGACAUGUCAGAAGUCAAAUCGUUUAAAAAGAGCAGCCUAAAGAAAACGGAGACUCAAGAGAAGAACACACUGCCAACAAAAGACGUAAUCGAACAGGAAAAGAAGUCUGCAAUGGAACAAGCAUCCUGAAAUUGGCAGCUGAAUUGCCCCUGUUUCUACAAUGCCGAACAGUUUUUUUUAAUAUACGUAUGGCACGUCAAUAAUCACAACAUGCGCCUUGAGGGGAGAGGCAUUGGCCCACUGACCCCUCAAUAUUUCAAGACACUCUGCUUGUUUAUGGUGAUUUUAUUCUUUAUGUUUGCUUUUGACACAGCUUUGAAGGUAGUGUGUAGGUUGGGGAUGGGGUUUGUCUAAUGGUAUGGGGUGAGGGUGGGAGACGCUGAAUAAUUGAGCUGUGGACCGUGGCUGAAUUUAUACUAUGUAAUGAUGAUGCGUUGCCAAUUGUUUUUGUCUUCCUAUUAAAAGAAAACCCACUGAAAAAUUUUAAUAUAAAAAUGAAAUAAAAUAUACAUUUAAAAUAAA